UUGUGUUUAAAUGACAACCCUGUAUACGUCACAAUCGUCACAAAUUCGCGAUUCUUGGACUCUAAUUAACCCUGCGUUUUUUUAUUUUCUAUUAAAGUUAAGUGACAUUAAUUAAAGCGUAUUUAUAAUUCUUGAAUUCAAGGAGAAAAUUAUUUAACUGCAAAAUGACGAGUACAGUGACUACAAAUCAAUCUACUCUGCUACCUCUGGAAUUGGUGGACAAAUGUAUCGGCUCGAGGAUACAUAUUAUUAUGAAAAACGACAAAGAAAUCGUUGGCACUCUUCAGGGUUUCGACGAUUUUGUAAAUAUGCUUCUCGAGGAUGUUACCGAAAGUGAAGCAACGCCGGAAGGACGAAGGGUUACAAAAUUGGACCAAAUUCUCCUAAACGGAAAUAAUAUUACGAUGCUCGUUCCUGGAGGAGAAAUGCCAGACACGUAGAAACAUGAAAUUCUCCAAAUCUUUUCUUAUUUCUUGCAAAAAAAGACUUAUACGAAAUAUUUCCUUUUUUUAAUAAAUCUUUCUUUUUUUAACAAA